AUGGACAACUUCCAGCCCACGUACCAUCUCCCCCCCAACUUCUCGACUCCCCCACCCCCCAAAGGACCGUUUCAUCUCGGUACUGUCAUCCGAGACUUCGACCGCCGUGAGCAGAUGCGACCACUAAACCAUGGCAAAGACAUCUAUGGAAAAAGCAAGAUUCUCCCUAUCGAGGCGGAUAUGGUCUACUCCGAUCGCAAGACAAGACUGUUUGCCUCGCAGUCGCAGAUGCAGAGCGGUAAACUUGGCCCAUGGACCAAGUUCAUCGCCAUCGAUGGUGUGGGCAGGGAAGGAGACUCGUACGAGUUCGACUAUGUCGACACCAAGUUCUUCUACCCGUCGAGAUUAUACAUUUCACAGUGCAUGGCCAUCUCCGAUGUUGAUGAGUACGUCAGGGUCACAAAUUACAAAAAGGCCGUCUUCCUCGUUACGGGGUUGAAGGUGGCACGAGCAAGCACUCGUCAGAAAGGUGAUCUGCCCGGAACUAAGCCGCAGCCUGGAGGCAUGCCCCCUCCAGAAGAAGCCCAUGUUCGUGCUAGCCUGAGUCCAGAAGAGAUGGGCCACCCAUCAGGGUCCCAUGGUGCUGGAAUGUUGCGUGUCAGCACCGUUUCUGAAAAGUUCUCUCAAAGACACAUCCAGGAAGAAUGGGAUAUCGUGGUUGGCAUCCAGUGUCUGAAGAUCUACUACAAAGGCAUGUUCACGGGUAACAUGCAACUGGAAGAUGAAACCUACACCGACGGUGCCACAUUCUUGGGCGAGGACGACGUCGAGCAGAAAAUCGUCCAGUAUGAUGACCUCCGUAUCGUCGGGCCCGCAGACUACAACAACCCCAGCUUCUCUCCAGAGACGGUGGUAUCUGACGACGGAACUGAAAUUGAAGUUUGGAUGCUGCCCACGAGCAAGACAGAAAAAUAA